AUGGAUAAGUAUGGUGUGAAGACCCCCUUGUGGAAGAAGGAGCUGGAGGAGCCUUGCGCCAAGGAGGCGACUCAGGAGAAAGAGGAGGAGAGGUCUGAGGAGGACGACGAGGAUGUGAUCGCAGAUAGCGCGGCAGAGGUCGCGGAGGAGACGCGCCAGGCGGAGGUGGAAAGCCGCGAGCGGCUCUCGGUGUCCUACUACCCGCUGCGCCAGGAGCCCAGCACCCAGCAGGUGGCGCUGCUGCGGCGCUCAGACAGCGGCUUCUGGGGCUGGUUCAGCCCCUUGGCGCUGCUGGGCAGCCUGGCUGCUCCUGCCGAAAGGAAGCGAAGCCUUCCGGAGGAGCCGUGCGUGCUGGAGACGCGACGGUCUCCGCGCCUCGGGGGCUGUGCGCGCUGCGAGAUCCUUUUUUGCAAGAAAUGCAAGAGCCUGCACAGCCACCCGGCUUACGUGGCGCACUGUGUUCUGGAACACCCGGAUCUGGGUAAGGCGGAGACGGCUGAGGGCUCUGAGCAACUCCGCUCUCAGCCUGUGUCCUCCAACCUUGCCUAAUGUCAAACUCCCUGCAACCUUCUCUACCGCGAAGCUAGCCCCCUCCAGCAUGAUCCACAGAACUACCCCUUCUUCGAGCUGUACCCAGAGCACCCCCACUCCGGCAAGAAGCCCCACUGUAGGUAAGCCCCACUGUCAUUUAGUGGGGCUCUAGGUUAUGCUGGGCUCUGCAUGGGGGGACUCUGUAUAACCUAGAACUCCAUUACUCUCAGUGCUCUCGAAGGGCUCCAGCCCUCAGGGAGCACCCAGCCUUCACCACCACCUGAUUCACGUUCCCGACACAGUUUCACAAGCAUCUCUUUCAGGUUCUUCUAGCCUGGUGAGCAGAGGCAUCUCCUAGAAAAAGUACCCUCUGGUUUUCCUCAUCCCUCUGAAAAGUUGCCCCUUUCCCUCAAAUCAUUCAAUAAAGCCUCUAAUCAAAGUGUCAGUGCCUUGAGAUGGGGGCGAGGUGGCUUUAAGUAGGAGUAAGGAAGAUGAGACACUCUUUCCCCUCCCUGGGUUCAAGUCAAGAGAGAAGGCUGGCAGGGAGCCACCUCUCUCACCUCCCCGGGGCAGGGUAGCACAAGGCCCUUGAAUCCAAGGGCAGUCAAA